UUCUAUUGUCAUGCGCGUAUUUAUUUCUGUUGCUAGGCGACCAUAUAUCAACAAAAUGGAAUGCCAUGUGUCUAAACGAAAUUGAUCGUGCAAUGUCGUAAAAAUAAAAGUUUCAUUCUACAAUGUCAAGUGGGGAUUCUAGAAAAGACUUUAUAUUGUCUGCCAUUGUAGAUUUUUUUCAGUUGCAAUCAAAACAAUAUUUGUUGUCGUCAUUAUUUUCUUCAGAAUCAUUAAAUAAUUUUUUAGACGAUAAAAAUUGUUUUAUUUUAAGUGCUCAGAUUGGUACAACUAAAGAAGAAAUAGAAAUUAUAUUACAAAACAAGGUGGAUUCUGAAAAGAAUCAGAACAGGAUCUUAAUAUUUGUGAAGGUGUAUCCAAAUGUUAUCACACCAGAUAACUUGUAUAGUGACAUUUUUAUUUCAUCCAUAUCUGAUUCUCCUAUUACAGCACUUUAUCACACUGUUAAAAAAGUAUUUGCUCCUGUAUUGUUAAGAAAUGAACGUUGGAGUGAAAUAUUUAAUCCAAAACUACAGAACUUAUUAUGUGAUUUAGAAGCUGGUCUUGGUACAGUUGUUAGACAAACAGAUCCCAAUGUUAAAGUACAUCAAAACAAGUCUUUAUCUGAAAUUCAAACACCAUUAGAUGAAUUUAAAUAUUGGGCAGAUAAAUCAAUUAAUGGAAAAAGUGAUUCUGAAAAACAAAGGGCUAGUUAUUUUUAUGAAAUCUUUAAUCAAUUAGAAAAUGGUUUUUCUAAUUUAAACUCAUUAUCAUUAGUUGAAUGUAAAGAUUUCUUUGAUAUAGUUUUUACUGUGUUAGAUGAUAUCUGGAAACAAGAAGAAUAUUCUCCUCCAUAUCCUCAGGACAGAAUGGAACAUUUAUUAGAUAUUAUUGGUAAUGCAGUUGCUAUUCAUAUUCAGAAGAAGCUUAGUCAUUUAGGAUUAUGGGAGCAGUCAUUUUCUGUUAUUGAAGAUUAUCUUCAUCAAGCAAUUGAUUUAUGUGAAACUUGGCAAGAUAUUUGUCAAAAAUUAACUACAAUUUUUUGGCCAAAUUUUAGAAAUCAUCCAUGGAAGAAAAGUGCAUUUAUUCCAAAAUACAUUGUAAAAUUUUCAGAAAGAUUACUUCAGAUUUUAGAUCUGAGAGCUGUACAUUAUCAAUUAACAAAACUUCUUAGUCUUGAAGAACAAAAUGAAUUACAAAUGAAUAAAGUUUUUUUAGUGUUUAAAGAUUUGAAUCCUCUUCAGUAUAAUUCAUACACAGAUCAAAUAUGGAAGUCAGCCAUAAAAAGAUAUGAAGAUGAACUUUUUCCUGCUGAAAAAAGAGUUGCUAAUAAACUUAGAAUGCAAUUACAAACAACUCAAAAUAAUGUCUUGCAGUUAAUACAGCAGUUUAAAAGAUAUGAAGAAUUAAUUAAAAGGCCAGGAAUCCAAAAUGAAUUAACUCCUGAAAGAGAAAUGCUUCUUGGUCAACUUUUAGAAUACAUUGCAAAUGUACGUCAAGAAUUUUCUAAUUGUAUUAAAGGAAAUAAUGAAAAUUUACCUCAGCUUACAAAUAUGCCUGAAAUUAUUAACAGUAUAGUAUGGGUCAGACAGCUAGAGAAAAAGUUAACUGAUAUUAGAAAGAUAGCACAGGUAUUAUUGAAAGAUUUGUCAAGUUAUCAGAAUUUUUCUAAAGAAUUGGAAGAGGUAAUGGGUGAAUUUCAUGAAUAUCAUAAAGAACAAUUUGGUAAUUGGUGCAGAGAAAUUCAGCUUGGUAUCAAAGAAAAAUCCUUGGGUCUUGACAUAAAUCAACCAGUAAUAUCAUUAGAUAAAGAAGGACAACCUUAUGUUAACUACAGUCCACGUUUAGUGUCAUUGAUGAGAGAAGUUCGUCAGCUUCGUGUUUUGGGAUAUAAUAUACCAUCCCAAAUACAAGAUCUUGAUGAUAAAGCAAAAAUCUAUUAUAGUCAAGCUAAAGAUCUUCAGCAGAGUUUGUAUGGUUUGUCAAUGCCUUCGUUGGUUAAAGCCUCUAUUAAUGCUCUGGAAUAUAUGGAAUCGAAAGCCUUUUCAAAGUCAAUGAAGGCUAUUGCCAGUUUUUAUAUAAAUUGUUUCUUUCUGAUAAAUUUUAGAAAUUGUAUGCUCCAGUUUCGUCCACCUAUUGAAGAAAUUCGAGCUAAAUAUUAUUCUCAAAUGAAGAAAUUUCUUUCAAUACCUGUAGUUUUUAAAGGCGUAAAUGAUUUUACUGAAAAUCUUAUUUUUCCCAUUAUCAUUGAACGAAAUUCACAACAAUUCAUAAAUAUUUAUAAAAAGGCUGAAGAAUUGUUUAAAAAUUUAGAAUCCAUUAGGAAUAAAUUAAAGGAUUGGGUUGUAUUAGGAUCUUUGAAUAUAGAAGAUUUUGUGGAUAAUCAUUGUCAUUCACCAGAAGAUUGGAAAAGAAGUUUUAAAGUAAUCAAAGCAAAAAGUCAAGAAUUUAGUAAAUUACAAUUGGAAGACGAAAAACUUGACUGUAUUAGUAUCAGUUAUGCACCAAUCAAGGCAUAUGUAGAUUAUCUGUUAUCUGAACUUGAUGUUGUUAUGGUAAGAAGUUUAAGAAGAUCUGUACAAAAGGAUUGUCAAGUUUUGCAAGAAUUUUUAACCGAAGCAAUUGCAAAACUUACAUAUAAUCCACAAUCUGUAGAAGAAUUAGCUGAAGCUAAUAAGAAGCAAUUAGAAUAUCAUCAGAAAAAAGAACAUUUUUUGCAGCUUUAUGAAGAUGUUCAAAUAAAGAAUGAAUUUUUGGGCAAAUGGUCAAGAAGUGCAGUUAUUGAAUUAAGCAGUCUCCAAGGGCAAUGGGAUAUGUUUGAACGUAUAAUUGAUGAUCAUUCUGAAUUAAUUACUCAGCAGAUUGAAGUAUUAAAAACAAAAGUGUUAAAUGAUUUAAAAAAUUAUGAAAAAGAAAUAGAAAGGUUUUCAGCACAUUGGCAUCAAUUGAAACCUCAAAAUGAAGCAUUUAAUGGAGGUAUAAAUCAAGUAGAAAUGGCCAUUACUGUAAUAAAAGAAAAACGAAUUGAAUUUAAUGAACUGAUAAAAACUAAAGAAAAAUUAUUGAAUGAUAUUGAGCAAUUUAAUGUACCUGCACCUGAUUUAUCUGUAAUAGAAGAGUUGGAAAAAGAUUUACAAAAUACUGAACAAAUAUGGUUUUUAUUUGAUGAAUUUAAAUCAGGAAUGGAUGAAUUAUCAAAAGAAGAAUGGAUUUUAUUUAGAAAUAAAGUGCAUCAUUUUGAAUUGUUUCUCAAUAACUGGGUUGAAAAGAUUGAAAAACAAGAAAUAACAGAUGAGCCAAAAACAAUUACUGUUUUGCUACAUCAAGAAAUUAAUAAUUACAAGAAAGUUAUACCAGCAUUAAAAUAUUGUAGAGGUGAUGUAUUUUCUUCAUCACAUUGGGCUAAUCUGUUUCAUAUAUUAAAUAUGCCAAAUACUCCAAUUGAAAAAUUAUUAUUUGGUGAUUUCUUAAUGGCUAAAGACAAAAUUAUUGAUAAUAUUGAAAAUUUAAAAGAAUUAAAUAAUAGAGCACAAGGUGAAGUAACCAUUCGAGAAGCUUUGAAUGAAUUAGAUCUUUGGAGUGCAAGAGCUAAAUUUUCAAUAACUGAACACGAAGAUUCACAAAAGAAGAAAAUUAUUCUUAUUAAAGACUGGAGAGAUAUAUUAAACAAGGUUGGUGAAAACCAAUGUUUAAUACAGUCAUUGAAAGAUUCUUCUUAUUACAAACAUUUUGCUGAUCGUGCAAGUAUUUGGGAAAAUCGUCUAACUACAUUGGAUUUAUCACUUCAGCAGUUAAAUCAGGUCCAGAGAAAAUGGGUUUAUUUAGAACCUAUUCUUGGAAGAGGAGCAUUGCCUUCUGAACAUACACGUUUUCAAAAUAUAUGUAAUGAUUUUAGAUCUAUAAUGGAUAAUGUGGCUCAAGACUUGCAUGUUAUUUCACUGACAAAUUACUCAGGAUUAAGUUCAAAAUUAAAUAAUCUUAUAGAUCAGUUACAUAGAUGUCAGAAAGCUCUUAAUCAGUUUUUGGAGGAUAAACGAUCAAUAUUUCCACGAUUUUAUUUUAUUGGUGAUGAAGAUUUGCUGGAAAUACUAGGACAGGCAACUCAACCACGUAUUAUUCAAUCACAUUUGAAAAAAUUAUUUGCUGGAAUACAUUCCGUAGAAUUUGAUGAGGAGUGUAGUCAUAUUAUUUCAAUAAAAUCUGUUGAAGAAGAAAUUGUACCUCUUCAGCAUAAAAUUCAAGUUACACCAAAUAUUGAAGUGUGGUUAGGAGAGUUAGCAAAAGAAAUGAAGAACACACUGAAGUUAUUAUUGAAACAAAGUCUUAAAAUUAGUAAAGUUGAAGGACAAGGCGGAUUGGAUCCUUCUAAUUUUCCUUCUCAGAUUCUUUGCUUAACUGAACAAAUAUUGUUCACAGAAAAAUGUGAGAAAGCAAUCCAGAAUAAUUCUUUACAUCAUCUUUUGGAUGAAAUGAAAGCACAACUAGAUUCAUUUACCAACACUGACUUAUCAGAAUCAACUGUUGAAAGUUAUAUCUUGAGUUUAAAAUUAAAAGCACUUAUUCUUGAUACAAUUCAUGAAAUAGCUAUUGUUGAACAUUUAAUUGAUAAAAAAGUGAAAAAUUUAAAUGAUUGGUAUUGGCAGAAACAAUUGAGAUUUUAUUUACGAAGUGAUGGUGUUGCCAUUGGAAAAAUGGUAGAUGCAGAAUUUGAAUAUACAUAUGAAUAUCAGGGAAAUCCUUCUAAACUUGUACAUACACCACUUACAGAUAAAUGCUAUCUCACAUUGACUCAAGGAAUGAAAAUGGGAUUGGGUGGAUAUCCAUAUGGUCCUGCUGGAACAGGGAAAACUGAAUCUGUAAAAGCAUUGGGAAAUCUUAUGGGUAGACAAGUACUAGUAUUCAAUUGUGAUGAGGGUAUUGAUGUGAAAUCAAUGAAUAGAAUAUUUAUAGGUUUAGUAAAAUGUGGAGCUUGGGGUUGUUUUGAUGAAUUUAAUCGACUUGAAGAAGCUGUUUUAUCUGCUUUGUCUGUGCAGAUCCAGUCUAUACAAUCAGCUUUAAAAAAUAAAGUUACUGAAAUUGAAUUGCUUGAUAGAAAGGUUGAUGUCAAUCCAAAUUCUGGAAUAUUCAUUACUCUAAAUCCAGCUGGUAAAGGAUAUGGUGGAAGACAAAAGUUACCAGAUAAUUUAAAACAACUUUUUCGACCUGUUGCAAUGUCUGUUCCUGAUAAUGAACUUAUUGCAGAAGUUUUACUAUUUUCUGAAGGAUUUAAGCAUUCAAAAAUUCUUGGUUGUAAAUUGGUAGCAAUAUUUAAUUUAGCAAAAGAUUUGUUAUCACAACAACAACAUUAUGAUUGGGGUCUUCGAGGCUUGAAAACUAUUCUUCAAAGCUGUGGAAAAUUACUUCAAACAGAAAAGCAUAAGGAAAGUAAUAAAAAAGAUAUUGGAAGUGAAAUGUUCGAGACUGAAUUAGUUGUUCAAGCUCUAAGAAUAAAUACUAUAUCAAAAUUAAGUUUUGUGGAUGCAAAACAUUUUGAUGAAUUAGUUCUUGAUGUAUUUCCAAAUGUUAAAUUAAAAAAUUUAGAAUAUGAAACAUUAUAUAAAACAGUUAAAGAAGUCUGCACUGAAAUGAAAAUGAUGAUUAUUGAGAAUCAGGUGAAAAAAGUAAUGGAAUUAUAUGAACAGUUACAACAAAGAAUAGGAGUUGUUAUUGUUGGUUUGAGUGGUUCUGGAAAAUCAACAUUAUGGAAAUUAUUAAAACAUGCACUAAAUAAAAUGGGGAAAAAUGUUAAACAUUAUCUAAUGAACCCCAAGGCAAUUUCUCGGAUUCAGUUAUUAGGUUUUAUUGAUGUUGAUACAAGAGAAUGGCAUGAUGGUGUUCUUACAACUAGUGCAAGAGAAGUUGUGCGAGAAUCUCAAGAUGUUCAUUCUUGGAUUAUAUGUGAUGGUGAUAUAGAUCCAGAAUGGAUAGAAUCAUUGAAUUCAGUACUUGAUGAUAACCAUUUAUUAACAUUGCCAUCAGGUGAAAGAAUACAAUUUGGUCAAAAUGUUAAUUUUCUGUUUGAAACAGAUGAUUUAAAUAAUGCCUCACCUGCUACUAUUUCAAGAAUGGGAAUUAUCUUCUUAAG